AUGGGUAACGACGGUGGUACAAUUGCCAAAAGGCAAGACAUAUUAUCACUACAUAACUCGAAAUCAACAUUCGUAUCAUUUGCUGAAGACAAGGGGGAAAAUAAGGAACAAAUAUUGCUACAAAGUUGUGCAUUAUCAGGACUUCCCUUGUACAAAAACAAUCCCAUAGUUGGAGAUUUCAAGGGCAAACUAUACAUCAAAGAAAAGAUCUUACAAUACUUUCUAGAUUGCAAACUCGACAAGAUAAAGGCUCAGCUACAGUUUCAACAUUUAAAGUCGUUGAAGGAUUUACAAACAGUCAAAAUCACUUGGGAUAUCAUCAAUGAUAUAGCUCAUUUCCAAUGCCCAGUCACAAAAGAGUUGGACGACAAGACGUCGUAUUCAUAUUUACGACCUUGUGGCUGUGUCAUAUCGUACAAGUUCUUGAAGGAAUUGAAAAAGUCACUCAAGACAGUUGAAACCUCGAAUCAGAUUGAAACUAAUUGUCCAGUCUGCAAUAAAAAAUUCACAUUCGAUUACGACUUGGUGAUAAUAAACCCAAUCAAUAAAGCUGAGUUUAACGAUUUCAAUGAAGAGAAUUACAAGUACUUGAGAAAUGUGCUACACCUCAGUCAUGCGAAGGAGCCGCUAAAGAAGAAGAAGAAAAAGAUUGCAGAAGAGGAUGCUGAUGAGGAUAAAGAUGACCUCAUACGAAAGCGGAAAAUGGAUACAGAUGAUGGUGUAGAUAUUGGAAAGCGAGUUAAAAGUUAA